AUGACGUGGGCUCUCUUUCUCUUCUUUCUUGUCCCUUGUGCUAAAGCAGAGCUAUGCUACAAUGGUGGAACAUUUGAUGGGAUCAAAUGCAUCUGUGAUGAGGAUUUAUACUAUGGGCCCAAAUGUGAAUUCCUUGUUCAAGAAAGCCUCAAUGGCACUGUUACAACAAGUAUAACAACAAGUGGUCUCUCAGGAGAAAUACGCACCUCUCCAACACACCCUGCUGGUACUAGAGCCACCUCACACCCUACCAUCCCUAACAGAACUACAAGCACAACUACCACAAGUCAGAUAUGCCAGAACGGUGGAACGUAUGAUGGAAUCAAGUGCCUCUGUAAUGAGGAUUUCUUCUAUGGACCCAAGUGUGAAUUCUUCUUGGAUGCAAUUCUACUCCCUGAAUUAUAUGUGACCAUUACUGUCGAAGCUCAGGUGAGGGUUACUAACAGAGAGUUCAAGAAAUCUCUGGAAGACUUAAGCUCUAACUAUUAUCGGGAAAUUCAGGCUCAGUUUAAAAAGCAGAUGAGACGUGUUUAUGGUGCUGUCCCUGGAUACCAUGAUGUGGAGAUCUUACGAAUGAGGAAUGGCAGUAUUAUUUUGGAUCACAAAGUCAUCUCCCAAGUAGUAAUAGAGAAUAAUGAGGAAAUGAUUCAGCAUAUAAUGGAAGUUAUUACAGAGGCAGUGAAAUACUCCUUGAAAGAUUUACAUACCGAAGGAGAGUGUAUUGAGCCUUCAGACUCCUGUAAAAAUAUUAGUGGUGUGAAGUAUGCAGACUACUAUUAUCCCCACAAAAUGAAUGGUAUUGUGCGCUGUGUCUCAAGAUGUGUCAGUGACACUCCGUAUUCCUUGAACUGCUUCAAUGGUGUUUGCCGUCUUUCUGAAAUUGGCCCCCACUGCAUGUGA